CAAGCAACUUGGUUUGGCUUCAUAGUCUGUUUGUGGACGAUACUUGCUACCUAGCCCAUGCGCCCUAGCGCACAACGCGGGAACAGUGAAGUCUUUUCCGUUCCCGGAAACAGCGUAACGUGGACCAUGGCUUUCUAAAACGUGCGGGAUAGAGAUUUAAGACUGCCAUCUGAAAAUGACGGACGUAGGAGACUUUGCGGAAGACGGGUUCGACCCGAUCGCUUGGAUAAACCAUGCUUGCAGCACGCGACAAGCAGAAGAGCCGCUGGAGAAAUUCCUUGCUGAGCUGGAGAUGCGUUUGCAGCUAAGCUCUGAGGAUAUUGAAGCAACACUCAGCGACAGCAGCGCCCAGGCCAUGCGGAGGAUACCUUUCGCCAUCCAGGAGAUAUAUCGGCUGCAAGGAGAUAUACAGGGGUUGCAAGAUCAGGUGCAAGUCAUGUCGCACACUGUGCAGCGCGACGCUGGCGAGGCACGCAACAGCGUACAGCACAUCUCGCAGCUACAUCGCGUCAAAGCAAACAUGGAGAACGCUUGCAACUCGCUCAAGGAGGCCACGGAGCUCUCUGGGCUCUUCCUCAAAGUGGAGGAGGUCUUUGCCGCAGGCGACCUGCCAAAGGUUGCAGAAAUCCUCGCCAACAUGCGUCACAGUCUCAGCCUUGUUGGCGACGUGCCGGAGUUCCGAGCAGGCCGCCAGAAGCUGCGGUCGCUGGAGGACCGGCUGCAGCAGCAGGUGGAGGGCAGCCUGCGGGAGGCCCUGGCGCGCGGGCAGGAGGACGAGGCGGUCAAGCAGCUCUGCGGACUGCUGCUGGCGGUGGACAGGUACGGCACCAUCGAGAGCCUGUACGUCACCACCAAGCUGGCCCAGGUGCAUGCGUUGUGGGAGGAGCACGCGGGGCCCUCACCCGCCGCCUCCUCAGCAGCAGCACCCGCAGCACCCGCAGGAGGGGUGGCCGCCGCGGAGGCUGCCGCCGUGUGGCUGCCGGUGUUCCUGUCUCGGCUGCUGGCGCUGCUGCAGGCGGAGGCGGGCUGGUGCGGGCGGGUGCUGCCGGGGAGGGCGGCGGCGCUGAUGGGGGCGCUGUGCGGGGAGGUGUUUGGAAAG